AGGGACGGAGUCUGAGGCGCGGCGGAAGCGAGGGAUCGGAGUACUGGGAGGGUCUCGGUGUCACUGUGCUGUGAGAACGCAGUGCGCGGGGUUCGGACGGAAGGGUGGGAGGAGUUAAGUUCUUGGCGGGGGGUGUUCUGUGUCCGCCACGCCCCUACAGGAAGAGGGGUGCGUGUGCAUGUGUGUGUGUGUGUGUGUGUGUGUGUGUGUGUGUGUGUGUCUGUGCGUGUGUCAGUGUGUAAAACUCACAGAGGAAAGGGGCACCAAGGAGGGCUCCCAAACUGAAAAAUUGGGGCUACUGCAAGCAGGACCCAGGCCUCAAAGAUUCCAGGAGAGUGCUCUCGGGAGUGGCCCUGUCAAGGAGUUUGAAAGAAAUUGGGAAAUACAUCCUUAGCAUAGAUUUGGAAACGGUGGGGGAGGUGAGCGUUGCAGGGGAUGCCUGUGGAAGGUGCCAGCAUCGAGGUCUGGGUAGGAUUUAGUCCAAUUGACAGGAGGUAGGAGAUUAAAACACUUAACACCCGGAGAAGCUGGAGAGGAUUAGUAGAUGGUGUUUUAGAGAGUAGGACCUUAUUUUCUGUAUUUUUUUUUUUUUAGAAGACUGACAGUACUUUUCUUUACAUUUCUGUACUGAAAAUAGGUAUGACACAAGUCCACAUACAUGUAUGCUCAGAAUGAUGGGGAUACAGUAUUGCAUGGUGUGUACUUUAUACAAAUUGUGUGGAGUAGUUAAGAGAGUUUGUUGGUUGAACACAGUAAAGGACUGUAGUAAAUAUGGAGGUCUCAGAAAUCCAUAUGGGCAUAGUGUCAUAAUGUUUAAAUGUUCCACAGGUUCAUACAGAAAUCAGCCUCCUGGGCCAUGUCGAUGUCAAAGCCUGUUUCUUCUGAGCCCCAGCAGAACGCAAGUGGAUCAGUGGAUGAUUGCUCUUGCCUGAGCAAGAGAUGGCAUAAUACCUGGAGUCUGCCUACUGCAAGCCUCUGAGCUUUAGAAGCCAGCUGGAUGAAGGGAUGUAAUAGACGCCUGGGAGGGACACUGAAGUCAGCAGUGGGGGGGGAGGGGCCUGGACACACCCCUUCCCCCCCAGACUCCUCCCUGACAGGGUCCACCCAGCCAUGGACUUUGGACCUGGAUAAGUGGAGAGAAGCUGUGCUUUGGUGGAUCUGGUUCUCAGUUUUGGAAAUGGAGUGUUAAGUGGGGGCCUUGAUGAUCUUCAGGAGAGCAACUGAGAGAAGAAAAGCAAGGUACUUGGCGUCUUCCUCGUCUCAGCCCAGAAGAAUAAACCCUUAGACUUGGGGAAGUGAGCCAGGCAAGCCGAAGGCAGCCUUGAGCCCUCCCCUUGCCCGCCCUCCCCUGUGGGGGCCAGGAUGCUGAAGAAGCAGUCUGCAGGGCUUGUGCUUUGGGGUGCUAUCAUCUUUGUGGGCUGGAAUGCCCUGCUGCUCCUCUUCUUCUGGACACGCCCAGCACCUGGCAGGCCCCCCUCAGACAGUGCUCUUGAUGAUGACCCUGCCAGCCUCACCCGAGAGGUGAUCCGCCUGGCCGAGGACGCCGAGGUGGAGUUGGAGCGGCAGCGGGGACUGUUGAAGCAGAUCGGGGAGCAUUAUGCUUUAUUGAGCCAGAGGUGGAAAGUGCCCACUGUGGCCCCUCCAGCCUGGCCCCACAUGCCUGUGACCCCCUCACCAGCCGUGAUCCCUAUCCUGGUCAUUGCCUGUGACCGCAGCACUGUCCGGCGCUGCUUGGAUAAGUUGUUGCACUAUCGACCCUCAGCUGAGCAUUUCCCCAUCAUUGUCAGCCAGGACUGUGGGCACGAGGAGACAGCACAGGUCAUUGCUUCCUACGGCAGUGCAAUCACACACAUCCGGCAGCCAGACCUGAGUAACAUCGCUGUACAGCCAGACCACCGCAAGUUCCAGGGUUACUACAAGAUCGCCAGGCACUACCGCUGGGCACUGGGCCAGAUCUUCAACAAGUUCAAGUUCCCAGCAGUUGUGGUAGUGGAGGAUGAUCUGGAGGUGGCACCAGACUUCUUUGAGUACUUCCAGGCCACCUACCCACUGCUGAGAACAGACCCCUCCCUUUGGUGUGUGUCUGCUUGGAAUGACAACGGCAAGGAGCAGAUGGUGGACUCAAGCAAACCAGAGCUGCUCUAUCGAACAGACUUUUUUCCUGGCCUUGGCUGGCUACUGUUGGCUGAGCUGUGGGCAGAGCUGGAGCCCAAGUGGCCCAAGGCAUUCUGGGACGACUGGAUGCGCAGACCUGAGCAGCGGAAGGGGCGGGCCUGUAUUCGUCCAGAAAUUUCAAGAACGAUGACCUUCGGCCGCAAGGGUGUGAGCCAUGGGCAGUUCUUUGACCAGCAUCUUAAGUUCAUCAAGCUGAACCAGCAAUUUGUGUCCUUUACCCAGUUGGACUUGUCAUACCUGCAGCGGGAGGCCUAUGACCGGGAUUUCCUUGCCCGAGUCUAUGGUGCCCCCCAGCUACAGGUGGAGAAAGUAAGGACCAAUGACCGGAAGGAACUGGGGGAGGUGCGGGUACAGUACACUACUAGAGACAGCUUCAAGGCCUUCGCUAAGGCCCUGGGUGUCAUGGAUGACCUCAAGUCUGGUGUCCCCAGGGCUGGCUACCGGGGCAUUGUCACUUUCCAGUUCCGGGGCCGGCGUGUCCACCUGGCACCUCCACAGACCUGGGAUGGCUAUGAUCCUAGCUGGAAUUAGCAGCAUCUGCCUUUCCCUGCUGGGUCUCCUUGCCAUAUCAUGAGUUGAGACAGGCGUGCAGUCCCUGGGCUAUACCAUCCUGUCAGUGGUUCCCUCUUGGGUCUAUAGAUAUUCCUUUUUUCCGCUCCCACCCCCCAGUGGCAUUCUAGUGCACAGAUCAUAAGAUGAGGGUUAUACUCCCGUUGUCAAGGGAGUCAUAUCAGGAGAACUAUUGUGUGGUGUAUUUGGGGGUAUUGAACAAGAAACCACUGUGUGGUAUGGGGAGACUUGGGCUUGUUGGGGCCAGGAUGUCCUGAGUUCUCCCGAAGGGCAUCUACAGAGAGCUUGGCAACUCCAGCUCUCUCGACCAGGCCUGUCAGCCCUGAGCUGGCUCCUGUCAGUGUGAGCCCACCUUAUGUACCUACCCUUUCUCCACCUUCCCCCAGUGUGGGGCUGGGCUAUGGAAGAAGGAAUGGGUUUGUGGCCAAAUGAGACUAACCAAAGGGGUUUCACUGUCAGGGUCAGAUUGGAGUUGUUGGGGUGCCAGGGGUCCCUGCCUCCUGGCUUCUCUUAUUGCUGACUCUCAGUGCUCUUUCCUGCUGCAUAGCAGUUUAUGUUUGGGAGAUGGGAGUGGAAAAGGAGAGCAGGCCUUCUCCUGGGUUAGAGCCAGCUGUCAAGAAAGGUGUCCGGAGGAAAGCCUGUACUUGGGCACCCCUCUUCUUGCCCAUGGCCCCCUCUUUUCUGAAAAUCAGUUCCUCCAUGUUGUCUGGGAGGAUAAAGUGCCAGCCAGGUGGAAGACAGUGGACUGACUUCUGUGCCUCUUUUCUCCUGAGGUCUGGGAUAGAGGCUUCUCCCCGAGGGGUGGCUCUUGGUGGCCGUCUCAGAGCUAAGUACACCAGUAGCUGAGACCAGGACAUCUCUGACCCCAAACUAGCUCCUGUCCUGCCUUCCUAAGCAUUCCCACAUCUUUCCUGGCCAAGAUGCAGGUAGCAGGUUGGAGAGAAAUUUGUGUGUUUUUGUUUGUUGCCUGAUCUUAGUUUCAUGGAAGAAAAAUGGAAUCUACAGAAUUAUUUUCAAAAAUAAAGUAAAGGCUGAAUUGUCUGAAAAA